AUGGAUCCAAAGGCGUGCGUCCUCGAUACACCCAGGUGUAAUCCGCCACUCCGCCGCUGCUCUCCUACCCGCCACCGCCCGUUGUGGUGUCCUCGCCUGGCACUCUCCGGAACCCUCCGCCACUCCGCCCGCCGCGCCGUGGUCUCCUCCGCCGGCGCCACUCGCGCCUACAGCGUCCCCUUGGUGAUCGAGCAAACCAAGCAUGGGGAGAUGGCGUACGACGUCUUCUCCCGCCUCCUCAAGGAACGCAUCGUGUGCGUCAACGGCGCCAUCUCCGACGAGAUCGCCGCGGUGGUCGUGGCGCAGCUCCUCUUCCUGGAGUCCCAGAACCCCUCCAAGACCAUCAACCUCUACGUCAACUCACCCGGCGGCGCCGUCACCGCCGGCCUCGCCAUCUACGACACCAUGCAGUACAUCAGCUCCCCGGUCUCCACCCUCUGCCUCGGCCAGGCUGCCUCCAUGGGGUCCCUCCUCCUCGCCGCUGGCGCCACCGGCGAGCGCCGCGCCCUCCCCCACUCCCGCAUCAUGAUCCACCAGCCCUCCGGCGGCGCGUCCGGCCAGGCCACCGACAUCGCCAUCCAGGCCAAGGAGAUCCUCAAGGUCCGCGAUCGCCUCAACGCCAUCUACGCCCGCCACACGGGGCAGCCCAUCGAGCGGAUCGAGCAGUGCAUGGAGCGCGACACGUUCAUGUCUCCCGAAGAGGCCAAGGAGUUUGGCCUCCUCGACGAGGUCAUCAUGCACCGUCCUCUGGCCUGCGCUCCUCCAGCCAAGCACCAAGAACUUUUGCUCCAUGGCUCCCGGUAA